AUGGCAUUAAGUAGAAUAUCAACCUCAGUCCUUAAAAACAUUCCUUGCAGGCACGCAUCAGCUCUUUUUAUCCCCGGAAAUAAAGCAACCGACUGUUAUUCGUUCCUUUCCCCGAUCCUCGACUUUGACGAUCGUUUUGCCGACAUAAAAAAGCUCGAAUAUCAAUUGCAUUGUCGAAAAAUCCCGGUAGAUGUCGCUGCAAUCAAAGAAUCCUGGGAUUUUUACAAAAGCAUUGACCACCAGCGCCACCUGGUGGAAGUUCAGCGCGAAGAGUUGGCUCAGAAGAUAAAAAAGGUCAAAAAAACCGGCGGGUCUAUUGAAGAACUCAAAACCCAGGGCGCCAUCUUGCGGCAGGACUUGAAAAUAAUUAAAGAACAGCUGUGGAAGCUUGAAGAGACAGUAAUUGUUAAUGUUCUGAACUUACCCAAUGAUUUAGAUGAGAAAACUCCAAUGGAGCCGGUGGUUCUUAGAACACAAGGUCGGAAAACUCUCGGAACUUCUAAGAGCCACUUGGAACUUGGCUUGGAGCGCCACCUGGUUGAGUUCCUGGAACCGAUGUGCUAUUAUCUGACCAAUGAAGCUGCGUUAGUUGAAUUAGCAGCCACCAGGUGGGCAGCUGGGUACUUUUUGGACACUAUUAGGGUCAGUGGAACUGAUUUUGCGCGGGAUUUUGUUGUUGAAGCUUCCGGAACUGACCACACUGACCCCAGGGCGUCGUUCCUGCUAGAACAGAGCAACCAUGAUGAUAAAAUAUUAGGCAAGCUUCAUUUAGUCGGAGGGUCUAGUUUAAUUGCGUUUUUAAGCAUGCACACUAAGCAGCUGAUUAAUCCCAAAAGCUUGCCCUUGAGGUACCACUCCGUAGGCAGAAAUUACUUCCCGACUAUCGGUAAUUCCACACCGACAGUCGGUAAAGCAGAUUUAGGCUUGUUCUGGGUCGCGCAGGCGACUAAUGUGGACUGCUUUACACUCUCCAAGGCCUCGGAAGCCACUAAAGAGUUUUCUAAGCUUGUGGAAGUGGUUACUAGGGUCUAUGAUGACCUAGGGGUCCAUUAUCGCAUUGUUCUUAGAGCAGCUGAUGAGCUUAAGCCCUGGGAGAGCUUGAAAGUGUCCUUUGAAAUGUGGUCCAGACACAGACAGGAGUAUGUAGAAGUAGGUCAUUUGGCGACCCAUGGGAAUUAUUUUAGCAAGAGGUUGCUAAUUGCGUUUCAAACUAACAACGGCAGGGAUUAUCCUUCGGCUAUUUCCGGAACUGUAUUGUCUGUUUCGAACUUAAUAGGAUGUUUGAUUGAGGAUUCUGUUGAUUUUAUACCUUCUGUUAUUAAGCGUAAUAUGGUUGAUGUAUUAUAA